AUAGAUAGAUAGAUAGAUAGAUAACCAUGUCUUGUAAGUAACGAUAUCACAUUUGUUCAUUUAGUCACAACUAAUUACUCAAUCUAUUUUUUUUGUUUACUCUAGAAUUCUCUUUAGAUAAAUUUAAGCAUAACAAUUGAUGAUAUUGAGUGUGUACAUAUGUAUCUGUCCAAUAGUUACCAUACUUUCUAUACUCUUCUAAAUGAUUGGUUGCUAACUGAAAUGAUUUCAUUUCAUUUUAUAAAUAUUUAGUUUAUUAAAUGGAUAUUUAAUUCAAGGAUUCAAUUUAACCAUCUUGUUAUCCUGGAAACUGGAUAAUAUAAAUAAAUAAUGAAAAAAACUAGUUUUUGGUUUAAUGAUUGGUUGGAUAGACAAACAUUUCUUAUUUUGACAUUAGAAUGGAUGAUAGCUACUAUAACAUUAUAUAUUAUUAUAAUGGCAACACGAGAUAUAAUUGGACCAAUUGCUUUAUUAUUUGAAUCACUAGAGAAUUUAUUUCAUGGGAUCAUUAAAACUGUAGAUGAACAAUAUAUCAAAUCAAACGUUGAUUUUACUGGUGAUGAACCUCGAUUUUUAUUUCGAUUACUUCGAGGACCAUUACCAACUGUAAUUUUUCUACAUUUAACAAUAAUCUUAUUGAAUGCAAUUUGUAUUCUGUUUGGAGUACUUUUUCGUGCAGAAUAUUUUAUGAAAUGUAAUAUGUUUGUAUUAAUUGGCCUUUUAAUUGCGGAUACUGCCGUAUUUUUGACAUGGAUUUAUAAAGAUCCCAAAAUAAGUGUAGGGAUGUUUUUAGAUGAAUUACAAAAAGUUCAAAUUCAAUAUUCAGGCGCUGAAACAAAUAAUUUUCCAACUUUAUUGUUCAAUUAUGUUCAUCAACAUUUUCAUUGUUGCGGUAUGUAUAACUACACUGAAUGGUUAAAUUCUACUAUACAAUGGAAAAGAAUGGUAACUUAUGGCAAUAAAACGUAUGAUAUUAAAAUACCAAUUAGUUGUUGUCCAAAUCUUACCAAUGAUCGAUUACCAGAUUGUGCACGAUUAAACUCAAACUAUCCACCUUUUAUUCAAGGUUGCGGUGAAAUACUAACAUAUAAUCCAAUAUUUGAUACCACAAGUAUUUCUGAGAGAUUUUACACACUGGUAUACCUUGUCUCCCAUAUUAUUACCAUUAGUUUAUAUGUUGUCAAGACCACUUUAUUAAAACAAAAAAGUGAGAUAUUAUUUCUUUAUCAUGAAGGAAAACUUCAAACGGAUAAUGAAGAUGAAAUAUGUACAGAUCAUAUUAAAACUGAUAGUAAUAACAAUAAUAAUAAUAAUAAUAGUAAUAAUAAUAAUAAUAAUAUAAUCAAUAAUAUCAAUGAACAAUCAAUGAAUACAGAUUCGGUUAGAGGAUUCGGUUAUGAUAUUGUUAAACCACAUAAAAGUGAUAGUCAUUUCUAUUAAUUAAAUGUGCAUAAAUCACCAUGGAAACAUACAUGGUCAAAAUAAUAAUAAUAAUUGAAUUCAUUUAUAAUAAAAAUGUAUUAAUUUCA